UACAAUUUGAGUACAAUAAUACAAUAUUUCAAACUAAAUGCAACUCUGUGUUCUACUGUCAAAAGGGUUUGCAAUUGGCGCUCAUUAAACACUUUUUGAGUGAACGCGCACAAUAUUUGUUUUGCAGAAAAUUAAUUAAAUAUUGAAUUUGCGUCCUUAUUUUUAGAAAAACUAUAUGGAUACACAUGUUAAUGGCAGUGAUCCGAACAUAAAUAACGGCAGUCAUAUGAAAGCAAAUAAGCUGCUGGCGUCGCGUCAAGCAUUUGGGGAACUUAAAAAUGUCAUCCAUUUGCAAACAAGUCAAUUAAAGAGCAACAUGGAGUCGGAUAGUGACCAAGACAAAUCUGGUGAUGGAAAGAAAAAUGUUGAGAAGCCUGAGUUUAAAACACCGGCUGUACAUGAAAUUGAGGCUGCUAUAUCCGAAAACUGUGAAGAUAUCAAUUCCAAUGAAUUCGAUGAGAAUUUCAUCGAUUCAUUUGAUUUCAGUAAAUUCAAUUGUUGCGAACUAUCUGAUGAACAAGUAUGGUCUGAAAUGGGUGCAUUAGAUGAUUCGUUCAUCAACAAAUUGUUGGAAGGUGUCAAAAAUAACCUAGUCUCGGAUAACGAUGAAUUUGAACCUGAAGCAAAUUUUGAAGAUUUCAUCGAUUUGUAUUCAAAUGCUUUGAUGCCCGUUUUGUCGGUAGCUGGUAGCGAUCAGGAAUCGGAUGAAGAUUUUCGUUUACGUUUUGAUAUACCAGAUUUGUCUUCAUCGGAUGACGAAUUGCCACCUGAAGUUACAAUUGUUUAGAAUAAAUUAAAUAUUUAUUUUUUAUAUGUGCUAGUCUUACAAUUAAUAUGUUUUAACCUUAUAAGAAAGUAAUGAAAAUGAAAUUGGUAUGCACCAGCCGAAUGUAUGUUUAAACCGAAUUUAGUAUUCGGUAAACUUUCCGUAUAAUUUGAGUUUGUGUUAAUAUUAAUUAUUUUAUAUUAAUUUAAUGUUAACAAUUAACGUAGCUUAUAUAUAAUUUUGAGUCGCCUUUAUUAAUGUACAUGUCGAUUUAUAUGUGUAUGAAAUACUUUAAAAAAAAAAUACAAGAAUAACAGCUCAAUGUUUAUAAAUCUUCGACAUAAGGAAAAACGGAAUAUGAAAGAUAAUAAUAUUAAUUUUGUCACUAUUAUUGCUCUUGCACCAAUUUUAUUUUUA